GAAACCCUACAAUUAAAGUCCAAAGUAAAACAUUCCUCAAACUCAGAAAGUCACUUGUUAUAGAGUGAACUUUCAGCUCUGCUCUUACAUUUUCAGUUUUCAAAAAAAUAGGGUCAAAAAUGCCCAAGAAAAGGUCGCCUAUUUUCCAAAAACUUUCCAGUUUAUUAAACACUUCAAUUUUCUUAGCAAAAAUGAAGAACCCCAUUAUUCCAAGGCUAGUUUCAUUGAAAAGAGCAAGAAAAAUGAAGAAAUUUAGCCUACUCAAGCAUUACAAUUAUGGGUAUGUUCAAGAAUACCAAUUUUCUCCUUCAAACACACCUUUGCUUCAGUACCAUAGGAAAAAGUCACUUAAAAAACAGAGAAGCUACAGAGAUUUCUGCUCUGUUUUUUACAUUUCGAAAUGUUUGGGGUUGAUGAAUGGUCAAGGAGAAGAAAAAAUGAGGUACCCAGUGUUGGAGUUGGAAGGAUUAGCUUCAAUGGAAGAUGCAGUAGUAGCUAGAGAAUUUUCAGAAUUUAGUGAGGGAGAUGAUUUCAUUGAUGAGAGAGCUGAGAAGUUUAUUCAAAGGUUUUAUGAAGAAAUGAGAUUACAAAGGCAAGAAUCACUCUUGGAGCAGUUCAAUGCAAUGGUCGAUAACUAAUGAAAGCAGUUAGUCGGCCUCAAAACGGGUACUACUGGAUAUCGAGAA